UAAGGUAAUGUUAAGGGUUGGGAUAGACGUUAGCUGAUGUCAUUCAUUGUAAUUAUAUGGCGAGAUUUUGCACCACUUCCGGGCGUAGUUGUAUCCAUUCUACCAACAACCCAGUGACUGCGACACGCUGCAUUUGCGCGUUUGACCCACGCGGCUCUCCAUAGCGCGUGCACGCGCCUCACCGAAGAGGCGGAAGAAAUGUAUGUUUUCUGCCAUCUUUCUAUCCCAUAACGCAUCGUCUUUUCCUGAGCAUUUGCUUAAACGUCCUCUCACGUUUGCUCGCGGCAUCCACGCGUUAGAGGCCGACGGAGCGUGAACGCGUAAAUGCAUGGGGUUGCGUAGGUGCGAAAGAGCUGCAAACAUCAGGGGUCGAGCAUGGCGUCCUCGUACGGAUCUCAGACUCUCAGUAAGGACGAUGUGAACUAUCGGAUGCAUUUCCGCAUGAUAAACGAGCAGCAGGUAGAAGACAUCACCAUCGACUUCUUCUACAGGCCGCACACCAUCACGCUUCUCACGUGCACGGUGCUCAGUCUCAUGUACUUCGCGUUCACGCGAGAUGAAGAGAAUCCUGACAGUAAUGUUUGGGUGGGUCUGAUCCUGGUCAUCUCUUUCUUCCUGGUCAUCAGUGUUCUUGCGUUUCCUAACGGACCGUUCACCAGACCUCAUCCGGCCAUAUGGCGUAUAGUGUUCGGGUUGAGCGUGCUCUACUUCCUCUUCCUGGUUUUCAUCAUCUUUCUAAACUGGAAUCAGGUGAAAGCGCUGAUGUACUGGCUGGAUCCAAACCUCCGCUACGCCAAGAGAGAAGCUGACAUUAUGGAUUAUGCCGUGAACUGUCAUGUGAUCACGUGGGAGCGAAUCCUCAGUCACUUUGAUAUCUUCGCCUUCAGUCAUUUCUGGGGUUGGGGUAUGAAGGCUCUUCUCAUCCGCAGCUACGGCCUGUGCUGGACCAUCAGUAUCACCUGGGAGCUCACGGAGUUGUUCUUCAUGCAUCUUCUGCCCAAUUUCGCGGAGUGCUGGUGGGAUCAGGUGAUUCUGGAUAUUUUGUUAUGUAACGGUGGAGGGAUUUGGCUGGGAAUGACCGUCUGUCGUUUUCUGGAGAUGCGCACGUAUCACUGGGCCAGUAUAAAAGACAUUCACAGCACCACGGGUAAAAUCAAACGUGCCGUUCUACAGUUCACACCCGCCAGCUGGACCUAUGUGCACUGGUUUGAUCCAAAGUCAUCCUUCCAGAGAGUGACCGGAGUUUACCUCUUCAUGAUCAUCUGGCAGCUGACCGAGUUGAACACUUUCUUCCUGAAGCACAUCUUUGUGUUCCCAGCAUGCCAUGCUCUCAGCUGGUGCAGGAUUCUGUUCAUUGGCAUCAUCACGGCUCCCACUGUACGGCAGUAUUAUGCGUACCUGACGGACACGCAGUGCAAGCGUGUGGGGACUCAGUGUUGGGUUUUUGGGGCCAUUGCUUUCCUGGAAGCUUUAGCGUGCGUUAAAUUUGGACAAGACUUGUUUUCUAAGACACAGGUUCUGUAUGUGUUCUUGUGGCUCUUGUGUUUGGCCUUCAUCACUUUUCUGUGUCUGUAUGGUAUGGUCUGGUACGCUGAGAACUAUGGACCCAGAGAGAAGACUUUUUCCGAGUGUGAGGACAGUUUUUACUCUGAAGGAGCUGAAGAUGAAUCUGAAUGCAAAGGAGAGUUUGAGAUAGAAAGCACAACGUACUCCACUAGAAGGAAAGUGAUGGAUUCUGGAAAGAACAAAAGCAUCAACGGUGUGGAGAAAUGAGAUCGCCGGCGUUUACUGAACGGACGGAGAACUUUUGCACAUUUGUAUCACUCUUGUAAAGGAAGGUAAAGUCACAUGACUGCGGGUGAGAUCGUCUCAGGUUUGGUCGGAACAUUUCAGAAAUUGUUAGCGCUGGCGUGUGUUUCAUUACAGUCAGAGACGUAAAUACUGUAUGUCCAGCGUUGAGAUGGAGACUGAAUAACCUCGUCUGAUCUGUGCUGUUUCAGUAGCGUGUGUGAAUCUGUGUUUACUCCUCACACUAACUCUUCACUUCUCCAACUGUGUAUUAUAUCUACCUGAUCUCAAAUAAUGUCACUGAUAUCAAAACGCUUCUAUGAUUGAUCAUAUUAUAAGAUCACACGGUUUAAAGUCAACAUAAAUUAAACAUUUACAUUAUUUACUGAAAUGAACAUUCCUGCUCCUUUUGGGAAUGAUUUCAAACUUUGCCUUCUUUAACUCAAGCUUGACCCGUCUGGUGAAGUAACGUCCUGCCUUAGAUUUGUCACCCACGUGAAAAUUUGUAUAGUUUUUACUACAGUGAAUCACCUAGUAUACUGCAGUAAUUACUACAAUCUGUCAAUUCACUGUAGUCAAUGCUACCAAAUACUGUAGUACACUAAAGUACAAUUAUUAAAACUUACUACAGUUUACUAUAGUUAAUCCUCUAGUAUAGCACAGUAUGUGGGUCAAUGACGUGACAUGUAUUUUUUGUGUCCAAAUUCAUUAUUUUCCUAAAAAGAAUUUGAAUAAAUACAUGUCAUAUAUCAAAUGGAUCUACAAUAUGUCCUUUAUAAGAAACCCUUUUCAUUUAAUUGAAAUUCAAUAGAUUUUUUGAGUUUUGGUGUUUGAAAGACCAAAAAUGUCAGGUGGUGCGACCGUCCGAACAUACAAACAGAGAACAAAACUGAGAAAUAAAUGUUAAUUUUCUCAAUAAAAUUCUUAAUAAAAUAUUUUGGCAUGAUUUUAUGUUAAAUUUCUUAUAUAUGAGGGGAAAAAUACUCAGUGCUAAAUACAUUAAAUGUAUAUUAUUUUGAAUUAAUAUAUGGUCGCACCACCUGACAUUUUCUGGGUGGUAAAAUCAGAAAUCUUGUUUAAUAAUGAAUUAAUGCUCCCUAAAAUGCUGUAAAACCAAUAUAAAUCAACACAAUACAUUUUUUUGGACAUAAAAAUACAUUUUCAAACUGUUUUGCUUAAAAUAUUUUUUUCUUCUUCUUGAAAAUCUUAUUUGUCAUUGACCCAUUUACUACGGUUUAUAAAUUCACAACAGUCCAUACUACUGAAUACUAUAGUAAACUAUAGUACAACUGUUAAAUAAAUGAUAUGAUUACUAUGGUUUACUAUAGUAAAUCCUCUAAUAUAGGCUACGGCAGGUUUGCUCAUUUAAGUGUUUAAUGUAAGUUUUGAGGGUGUGGUAAGACCUGCGUCUGUUUGAAAUGGAUUUGAAAUAUCAGAAUUCAUUGAUCAACACUCAAAGAAAUACUUGAGUAUAGUAAACUGUUGUAAAGUGUACAUUUAUUGCCGUUGACUACAGUAAAUAUGAGAGUUGACUAGUGUUUUUCAUGUCCAGUGAAACUCUGUGUUCAUGUUGACGAGGUUUUCUAGUGAAGACUGAGAUGUUUCGGGCGAGUGCUUCAUCAGACUGACGUUGAGCUGAAUGUAGUUGAAUGGGGUUAAGCUGCUGUGGAUGAAGUUGACCCAGAUGUGACAGAACCACAUGUUUUUUUUAGCACUUUUAUGGUUUCAUCAUUGCUCCAGUGAUAUUUGUGAAGCGCCGGAUGUUUUAAUGUUUAAUUCCACGACCGAUAUCAUGCUUUCUCCUCCAGUGAUUUUCUUCCUCUGCUGCUGUUGAUUCUGCAUGUUCCAGGAAGCUCUGUUUGUGUUUUAUAUGAUGUGUUUUGAUCUAGAUUACACACUCCUACUGCAGUAUUCAAGCCUUUUUGGAUGAACAUCUUCUUUUCUUACAUCCAUUGUGUGCCUGCAUGUGUGUUUUAUGAACGGUUUUCAGUUGUGUUGCAGUUGUUUUGUGUGCUCUGAAGGUCUUUGUUUUCUCUUCUGAUCCUUUAUCUCAUCUCAGUGCAGACGGUUAUGAACCUAUGUACACCUUUGCCAAAACAUCAGUGUGCGUGCGUUUGCGUGCAUGAGAGAGAUAGUGUGUGUGUGCUUGCGUCUUUGAAUGUGUGUGCGUGUGUCGACCAUUGAAUGCGUGCGUGCGUGCGUGUGAGCCACUGAGAAAUUUGAAAUGCCUUUUCUUCCUGCUUUAGUUUUCAUUAAAACUGUUAAGGUAAAAUGAGUGUUUGUGUUUUCUGUGAAGUUCAAAUGUUUGUAAUUGUUUUUGUCACAACAUGACUGAACUUUCUGCAGUAACUUCCGGUUUGUUUGCAAAUAAUUGUAACUCAUGAUUCCUUGAUGUGUAACUGACUUUGAAGAUUAAAUAUCAUCUGUAUCUCCUGUA